AAAAAGAGUGGAAAAUAUAUAUACUAUAUAGCAGAUGUCGUUCCAACAAGACAGAGAAGAACUGGAUGGCAGGGCAAGGAAGGGAGAGGUUGUUGUCCCCGGUGGAACCGGCGGCAAGAGUCUUGAAGCUCAGGAGCACCUCGCUGAGGGAAGAGCCACGGAGGUCAGAGGAGGAAGGAGCACUGGGGCCCGAAGGGUACCAGGAGUUAAUUGGGCAGUAAAAAGGAGUGAACACGAGGAAGGAGCAGAUGGGGACGGACGGCACGGAGAGAUGGGCAGGGAAGGUGAGCUCAGCACCAUGGACAAGUCAGAAGGCCAACGAGCCGAGGAGGAAGAUAUAUCGACGAAUCCAAGUUCAGAACUUCGACAGAGUGGGAGUUAUGAAUUUUUUUUUUUUGGUAUUAUGUUGCCUUUGCGUGUUGAGUGAAUGUUUGUAUUUUGUGUUCACGUGGUUUUUAACCCUUUCAUGGGGCUUGAUGUCAUAAGCUAUCGAAUUUAAUAGAACAAAAGGAUCAUU